UUUUACCCGGAAAAACUUUUUGGUCAUGUAACGCGUCAUUAGGUGCCAUAAAGAUGGCGGAGUCGGAGGAGGAGGUGGACGUAUUGGUCCAGAGAGUUGUCAAAGACAUCACUAACGCCUUCAAGAGGAACCCCAACAUUGAUGAGAUUGGUGUGAUCCCGUGUCCAGAGGCCCGCUACAACCGCAGUCCCAUUGUGUUGGUGGAGAAUAAGCUGGGUGUUGAGAGCUGGUGUGUCAAGUUCCUGCUGCCGUAUGUCCACAACAAGCUGCUGCUCUACCGCCAGCGCAAACACUGGGUGGAGAGGGAAGCUUUAGCGGAUAUCACCUGCACUCUGUUGCUGCUCAACCCGGACUUCACCACUGCAUGGAAUGUCAGGAAGGAGCUACUGCAGUGCGGAGUUCUUAACCCAGAGAAGGACCUCUAUCUGGGCAAGCUGGCCCUCACCAAAUUCCCCAAGAGCCCUGAGACGUGGAUACACCGACGCUGGGUGCUGCAGCAGAUCCUGCGUCAGUGCUCUGCUCUGGGCCGGAACCAUCAGCAGGGUGAAGUGGAGCAGGCCGAUGUCGAGAGGAGCCAGCAGCUCAGUGACAAUCUGGCCAGGACGCUCCAUCAAGAGAUGAAGGUGUGCUCUGACGCUGCCUGCCGCUAUCCCAGCAACUACAACGCCUGGUCCCACCGCAUCUGGGUGCUGCAGCACAUGGCCAAGGGCAACGUCAAGGUGUUCUAUGAUGAGCUGUCGUCGAUGCGCCUCUGGGUGUCCAUGCAUGUGUCCGACCACAGCGGCUUCCACUACCGCCAGUUCCUGCUUAAGGAGCUGAUCACAGAGCUCUCCCAGACUCCAGCUUCCACCCCCCCCAGUUCGCCCCAGCGCAGCCCAGUCCCCGGCAGCAGCCUCCCCCCUCCCAGCCAGGGCCCGGCCAACGGGGAGCUGUCGGGGCCGGAGGCCGCCGCAGAGGAGGACAGGCAGCUACUUCAACUCUUCCACCAGGAGGUGGAGCUGAUCUCAGACCUGAUCCAGUCCUUCCCCGGUCACGAGACCCUCUGGAGUCACAGGCGGCACGUCUUCUACCUGUGGCCCCACUGGAGGAGGGAGCACCAGCACUACUGCAGCAGCAAUGGAGGCAGCGCGUCGGCCCGCCUUAACAACAGUGGCCCCUCGCUGGCCGGGGUCGGUGCUCAAAGCUGCGCCGGCAGGGGGGAGAGUGUGAACGGGCAGGGGCAUGCUAGUGACGCUAUGGAGGUGGACGGGGCGUCCUUGCCUGACCCGCGGGACAGCAAGCGACUAAAGCGAGGCAUCCUGCUGCCAGGCCCCACCGCCCUGCUGCCCAGCCCCCCCGCCCUGCCGUCUGAGCACAGCUUUGUGAGCGGCGUCCUGGACAGCUGUGGGAACCCCGAGCAGAGACGUUUCGCCCUGGCAUACAGGAAGUGGUUAGACACUGUCGUUGAUCAGCAGCCUUGAGAGAGAACAGUUAGCCGCCAAGCUCUCUCAACAUUGAAGUUGCCUUUAGACACAGAUUUAGGAUCAGCUUCUCUACCUGUAGCGCUGACUUAAACCACUAGUGCUUCAGAUGCAGUGAUGACUUUAGAAACCAGUCCCAGGGCAGCUCCUGACAGUGGGGAGGGAGGGUAAGGAGGUUUUAACGACAUCCCGUCUGUUCUUCCUCUGAAACCUCUGGAUUCUCCUGAGCCUGAUCUGAGCCAGUACCCCUUCAGAACGGAAAUCUGCACACAGAGCCUAUUGGCUCGCUAUGUGUCUGUUGGUAGAUUCUUUUCCUAUUCAAGGUUUCUCCAUGCCUCAGGUCCAAAUGCCACUGCUUUUGUCUUUAGUGCCAGUGUGGCAUUUAUCUGCACGUAUUACUUGUUUGUUCAAAUAUGUCAGCAAAGAAACUAAAUGAAACACAUGUGUUGGGCCUGAUUGGUUUGAAUGCCAAAAUAGCCAGUAAUUUAUAAAUGAAUAAGCCAUUAAAUAAUAUGAAAUUAAUCAUCAUAUGACUAAGAGUAGAAUAUAUACAUGACCCAAUAAAUUGUAAAAAUACAAAACAUGGUUAAAACUUCAUUUUUAUUUAUCUUGGUGUUAUUUCAUCCUCAUUGUCAGAGUAUUUUAUUGGAGUUCAUUUUAGUUUCAAACAUCCUCUCUUUACAAAAGUCUGAUUCCUCAAGUGAUUGGCUAAAACCUGAGGGAGUGGAAAUGUGAAAACGAAAGGCAUUUUCAGCUAUAAUGUAGGGGAAAUGAAAUUCAAUAGAUCUGGUCACUAUGGAAGUGAUGACAUAUAAUUUCACACUUACAUUUUAUUUAUUCAUGUUUGUUUUUAUUUGAUUGGCCCUUUUUGGAGUUAAAGAACCCUUUUAUAAGAUCAGAAAAGAAUGACAGUGACUCUGAUUGAAUCACAUUGGAAGCCUAAGGUUCCCUCGUCUUUGAUGAUUGGUUGAAAUGCCCUCAGCCCUCCCGUGUCACACUGGCCAGGUUCUAUAGAUUUCCAUUCUGAAGGUGGUGACAUUUAUUAACCAUGUCAUUUUUUUCUCUUUGUCUUUUCUUGUGUUGGUCCUUGGUUGCUGCUCCUGCUCCCAUGUUACUGGUGAAUAUUGUCAGUAUGUCCUAACUAUGUAGCUAAGCGCUAAGUUACAGUAGGUUACAACAGAAAGCCAAAAAGCUAGUUGUAGCUAAAUAACAGGUUACAUGGCUAACUUGCAAGUCUUACCUUCCGAGAACCUGAAGCACUAAAUCUAUAGGCAGAGAAAUGUUAGCUUUAGGAUAGCGUGCUAGGGGAGUGACCCCCCCCCCCCCCCCCCCCGGACAUUCACUGGUGCUACAUGCUGCCAUGUCUACAACUACUUCCUCUGUUACAGGUGUGUAGUGUGCAACAGGUGAAAACUGAACAGCACUUUGGAAUAAUUGAUAUUAUUUGUGGGGUAUUAUUGCUAAACUAUUUUUGAAAUCUUGUCUGUUAUUUUGCAUCAGGCUAGUUAACUGUAGUCCUCUCUGCUUUCUGUCAUUACCUUGUACAAAAAUACAGGUAACCUCAAAAAGGUCAUUCUACAUUCUGUCUAGAAUAACUUGUAGCACUCCUUUUUU